AUGGCAGCGCAAGCGGCCCUGAUCGCCGAUACAAUUAUUGGCAUGAAAAGAGCCUUGCGAAGAGAGACAGAGUACUCAGGUCCCGAUGAACCGAUCACUCAGCCGACGAACAGAGGCAACAAAUUACGGGCCAAUGCGAAGUACGUGCGUGAGGGCGCUCUAGGAUACAUCCAUCCAGAGCAAUUGUACAAGCAGAAAAUCGAACAUGCCGGAUACACUCGCUAUAUCCUUCAACGCAAUCCGGUGCGCUAUGAUUCGGAGGGUGACGAGCUUGAUGAGGAUGAUGAAGACUCGGAAGCGGAUGCGGCUGCUGCUGAAGAGAAUCCAUUCUCCGAGAUUGCUUUGGAAAACCUCCUAUGUCCUCUGAAGCAUCCGUCGGAGCUGCCUACUCACCCUUCGUUGUCGCACGCUUACACUUCGAAGGCGCUUAGAAAUAUGACUCAAGCUGUUGAAGCGAAACUUCGCCAGGAGCGCGCUUUGUUGUGGCGAGCAAGGAAUCUUCAUCGACAGUUCCUUGGGGAUGGGUCCUGGAUGCCUUGCGGGAUGUUUGAAACAACGGAAGAUCGGUUCUUAUUCGAGCCUUGGGCGUCUUAUGCGAUGCGCGGUUCUCCAUCGGGCGAAAAUACGCUAAAUGGACUGGUCGAUUCGGUUGCAGCAGAUAAAUCGAACCAGGAGUCGCCAGCAGCCCAAGCAGGAGGAAAAGACGUUGAGAUGAUGGAUGCUCAAAACAACGAGGCGGAGGUGCAGACGGACCACAACACUAUCAAAAACGAUCAGUCGAUGCAGCCCAAGUCUGAGGAAGUCGAUGCGGCUGUAACGGAUCUUCCCCCGCAUCGAGACACUGCAAAUUCGGAACCGCAGGUCAAUGGGCACAUCGUGACUGAUGGGAAGCAGGACCAUGACUCUGUAGCAAAUUCGGACCAACAUCCUAAAGAAGAGAAAGGAAAAGCUCGAGCGAAUGACGAGCAAGAAGCGGAAGCAGAAUCCGAACAAGGAGACGAUCCCCAAGGAGAUGAAACGGACAAGGACACGGAGAUGCAGGAUGGCUCAUCACCAGAACCGCCUCGACGCAUGACUACGCGAGCGCAAGCGAAUGCUUCAAAUCCAGAACCGGACCAAGAUUGUAGCAAGCUCUCCCCCUCGGCUUCCACGGACACACUCAACGCACUUCCAGCGCCACAUCCGCUAUUCCUCGUGCCUGAGUCUGUGCUACCUGAUCCUAACUUUGGGUUACCGGCCAAUGAAGCUGAAGAAACGCGACGGCUGCUUUGGUCUUUUAUUCAGAAGCAAGAAGAGACCGUUCGAGGAUUCGAGCACAUGCUUGAGUGUCUGCUCCGGGCGUGUCGGAUGCAGGAAGACGUCUUUGAGUGGUGUAAAGCGGAAGGGCACGUCGGAGAGUUGAGUGAUGGAGAGGACUGGUACGAUCCUGAAAAAUGGGGUCUCGCCGAAGGCGAAGAACUCAAAAAGGGGGUUGACGAAGAUGAGAUCGAAACGGUCGAGGAGAGCAGAGCAACAGGCAAACGAGGACGAGGUCGACGCGCGUAG